CCUGUGGAAGCCGUGAUGAACAGCUGAUCCUCCCGCAGUGGAUAAAAAACCAAAUCACAAUGGUCUCCGUCAAGUCGUGAUUUCUCAUCCCACGCGUGGCACUAUGUGAAUAGUUAUCGGAGAAGUAGUCAAAAGGGAAAUUAUUAGAAGGAGAAUAGUGUUUUUCUUUCUUUUGGAGUGAGUUAUUUUUCUCCCACCAGUUUGGACCUGUUGGUCAUCAGUGUGACAGACGGACACACUGUGCGCUCAGCCAACCUGCCGCUCGCUGCUCUGCGCUCACCGCCGCUCCAUUAUGUUAUUGUCAAGUUUCAUCCUUUUCACCUCCUCGUACUUUUUGGCGCCUCUGUUUCUCUGCUACCUGCCUCAAGUGUCGGCGCAGAAGCCAGGUUCACGGUGGCUGAUCGGAGACAGAGACAGUCACUGUGGGGUCAUCUGCUCGCGGACGCAGGGGAAGCCGGUGUGCGGUUCGGACGGGCGGAGCUAUGAGACCGGCUGUGAACUGCAGAGGGCGCGAUGCAAAGACAAGACUCUGACGCUGGCUCACCGAGGCCGCUGUCGAGGUAAAAACUGGGUGAAAAUAGAUCAGCUGCCGGUGGCUCCAGCACCGACUUCCACAUCAGAGGGCAGAGACCUGGAGCUCAAAGAUGCAGGUCAGUCCAAGUGUCGCGUGGAGAGGAACCAGGCUCUGGAACAGGCCCGGAGACCUCAGGAGUCCAUGUUCAUCCCAGAAUGCAACGAGGACGGAACAUUUGCCCAGGUCCAGUGUCAUACUCUGACAGGUUACUGCUGGUGUGUCACCAGUGACGGCAAACCAGUGAGUGGCUCCUCAGUGCACAACAGGACCCCGGUGUGUUCAGGAAACUUCCGUGAAUUUAUGGGAACUCAUGCUGGGACAAGUGGAUUGUCAGGGUCAGUAACCGACAAACCGCCCGGGCCACCAAGCUCUGGUAGAAAAGUCUCUUUCCGUUUCUUUCUCACCCUCAACCCAGACGACGGCUCCAAGCCCACGCCCACCAUGGAGACUCACGUCCCCCCCGAGGGUGAUGAGAUAACUGCUCCGACGCUAUGGAUAAAACAGCUGGUUUACAAGGAGAAUAAGCAGAAUAGCUCCACUUCCAGGAAGCAAGAGAAAGUUCCCUCUUGUGACCAGGAGAGACAGAGCGCCCUGGACGAGGCUCGGCAGAAUCCCCGCGAGGCCAUUUUCAUCCCCGACUGUGGGCCCGGAGGCCUUUACAAAGCGGUCCAGUGCCACCAGUCCACAGGCUACUGCUGGUGUGUUCUGGUGGACACAGGACGGCCCAUUCCUGGAACCUCCACCAGAUACCAGACGCCAGAGUGUGACGGAGCUGCAAGAUCUCGCAUCUCAGACACAGAGGAUCCGUUCCAAGGCAGAGAACUGACAGGCUGCCCAGAGGGGAAGAAAGUGGAAUUCAUUACAAGCUUGUUAGAUGCCCUCACCACAGACAUGGUGCAGGCCAUAAACUCACCAGCCCCCUCUGGUGGCGGGAGGUUUGUUGAGCCGGACCCCAGCCAUACUUUAGAGGAGAGGGUGGUGCACUGGUACUUUGCCCAGCUGGACAACAACGGUAGCCAUGACAUCAACAAGAAGGAACUAAAACCUUUCAAGAGGUACCUGAAGAAGAAAGCCAAACCCAAGAAAUGUGCCCGCAAGUUCACCGACUACUGUGACCUGAAUAAGGACAGGGCCAUUUCCCUGCAGGAGCUCAAAGGCUGCCUCGGCGUCAGCAAAGAGGGAAGCUCAACAACAAGUGGCAACCAAGGGACAAGGCAAGGGACAAAUUUGUUCAUAGGUCGUCUGGUGUGAGAAGAGACGGAUCACGAAGCUGAGACGAGAGCAGAGGGCACAGAGGGAAGGCAUCUGUACGCUUGCUGACAGGAAAGAGAAAGAUGGAGCAGAAAAAUUAAGAAGUUCCUGAGUUUUUAAAAAGAAAAAAAACAACAACAACAAAAAGAACAGAAAAACAAGAAAAGAAAAACGAAGCGGCGCCAAAAUAUUUGCACUUUCUCCUCCCUAUGUUUGACAUUUUAUCUGUUUUUACGUGUUUUUUUUUUUCCUCUUGAAGUGACUGAAAAUUUGUAGGUAAGAAUGAGAAUAUAUUUGUAAAGAGAUGACAGACUCACCACUGGAAGAGCAAGUGUUGUGUGUGUUACCACAUCUCCCUGUGUGUUCAGUUUGCUGUUUUGAUUCGUUCAAUCUUCAGAUAACAAGAACAGGCACUAAUACACGUUUUGUCGCAAUUAAAUUAAACUGACAUGCUCCCUGUUACUGAUAGCAGCGCACAGGAAACUCAAAAAAAAGAGAAAAGCUUAAAGUGGCCUUGUUAAAAUAAAAUUAGGCUUAUUUCUGUUAAGUGGUGUGGAGCGAGGCAGCAUAGUGUUGCCAGAAGGUGGCAGCAUAGGCUACAUGGCAAGCAGCUGGAAAACGGCUAAAAAAAAACCUGCACAAGAAGAAGAAACGAGCAAAACUUUGGCCGUCUUUCAGUGAAAAAUGACAAGACAGUCUCCAGGAAAUGCUUUUAAUUGGGAAAAUUGUAAUUAUUCCUUAACGUCAGGUGACAUAUUUGAUGCUGUGCGAAGGCAAAGACAAAAAAAUUGAAAAUCACCUAAAGGAAGCAUACUUUUUUUUUUUUUUUAGCCAAACUCCAAAAGUUUUCUUAAAUUCAGCCAUUUUCAAUAAUUCUUUCUUUGCAAUAUUUCAAAAUGUGUUAUUGGAACACAGCUAUUAAGUCACAUUCAGCCCAAAUGUUGCUCAAAAGGAAAAGCUAUGUCGCUGCAGACCAAUUUAUAUGAAUGUUGUAUGUGAACAUGCCAUUUGAAGUGAAGGAGUUAAACUGUGACCACAAAGUCUAACUUAUCAGCACAGAAUUAGCUGCAUAAAUCCCCUUGCACUGCACAGAACCUUCUAGAUACAUUAACAUUUUGGCUCAAGGAUCAAGUGUCUGAGAUGUGUUAUGUCUGGUUUUUGCUAAGUCCUGAAGAACCAAUCAGCGUCGAGAUCCACAGCAGUUUUUCAGAAGUACCUAACCUGGAGUACAUACAUUCUUCUUCCUGUAAACAGCUGUUUUAAGGUUCAGACCUCCUUAAAAUAGCCCGCAACUUACAGUCUACUAUCAUCUUGCUUCAAGCCUAAAAUUCACUCUCGCUUUAGCUCCAUUUUGGUCUCCACCAACUGCUAGGUAAAUAACAAUAGUACUUGAGCUGCUGAAUGCUCCACUGUGUUUACCAGUUUGCUACUAACGACACAUAACCCCCAAAAUCUUCCUUUCUAAAGCUGUCCUUUCACAUGCACCCAAUAAAGAGCAACAUUCAGCGACUUUUGCAGAAACUUGGCGCAGGUACGAGGUCAUUUAUUGCAAUCGCUCGAAACAAAUAGUAGUUACAGGAAGCCCAGUUCUGUAGGAAAUACAACAGAAGGUUCGAUGUCUUUGCCUCGAGGGGGAAUUUUACGUUAAAGAUGGCAACAUUGCAGAGCAGUUUUUCAGAAGUAUCUACCCUGGAGUAGUAGCUUCCCCUAAAGCAACCCUGAAAGUGAAUGUUGCACAGGGGCGGUUCUUGAGAUCAGAACAAGCACAGAGGUUUCUAGCCGCCUUUAAAAAAAAAAAAAAAAAGCCCACAGGUUACUGCAGCCUAUAGUCAUCCCAUCUCCAGUCUCAUGUUCACUCUUGCUUUAGCUCCAUUUUGGUCUCCACCGACUGCUAAGAAAAUAGCAACGGUGUUUCAGCUGCUAAAAGCUCCACCGGUUCAUGGCUAACGGGUAGAGCACGUUUUUAGUUCGAUCCGAAGACUGAAACGUAACGAUAACGUGAAGGUAACAGAAUGAAACAGAAUAAAGCGAGUUGAACGAUAAUUCUUUGUGGGUUCAUCUGUACGAGUUCAAGUGAUCACUUUUAAAGUAAAUUUGACUUAACGCUGACAUAUAAAACACACUGAUUAAUGCAGCUUUAAGUUCAAAUUACAAUGAAGGUCAUGUUGUUUUAUGUGUACAUUUAUGUCAUGUUACACGCCAGUUUUUGUUACUCUACGGAGACAAUGUCAGUAUUCAUUUUCUACACAAUCAAAUGUUGAAUUCCUUCUUCUGCAGUAAAGACUGAGUUCAUCGCCUACUGUUUCCCACUACAAACUGCAACAACAUGAACAAAUCUCUGACCGCCUGCUGGGGAUUUUAUUUCUCCAAAACAGAUUACAGAGCAGAAAUUGAGUUUUAAAUAUAUCCUUAAUAGAACCUAGGAAAACAGGUGCCUUAGAUGACUAAACCCAACCAGUAAAUGUAGUGAGAAGUUUACAUCUUGUUUUUAUCAGCCCAUUUCAGCCGUCAUAUUCAAGUGUACUGUAAGCAAGACGGGGCAUUUACGAACGUCACUUCAUAAAAUAAAUAUUGGCGUCUCCUCAGUUAUAUCAGAGUAGAGUUCGUGUAUGUAAAUACAAAUAUUGUUUGUCCUCCAACAGCUGAUGUCAGUCUGUGAAACACUUAACACCGUGCAUGUUGGAGCUUUGCCACCUUGUGUAAGACACUGCAGUUUAUUUUAAAAUACCCCCCAGAGUGUCCGAUUAACGGGAAAAUGACUGAGCAGGGAGGAAAAAACACUUAUGAGUUUUGGAAUGUAAAAAAAUAAAUAAAUAAAGAUUUCUUCCUCACAUUUGGGAACAAUUGAGCUUCAAAAAUUGGAGAAUCAUGCCUUUGCUAUUGUGGUCUGAAUGCCUGUGUAUUUGUUUUGAGUUGUGUAUUUCCCAAGAGUCGCUGCUACGGCUCAUGAACAUGAGACAAAAAAGGCUCCUAUUGUAAAUAUGUACAAUAACCUAUGUUUGUUUGUUUUACUAAAUUUCAUUGUGGGGGCAUCUGGGUGUUCACUGGCUUCUUGUGAAAAACAUACAUAUAUAUACACUUUCUGUCUGUUUACAUCAUGUCAAACAUUAGGCUGUUACAGUAGCUAAUUCACAGCACUGAGACGUUUAGAGCAGACUGUAUGUUAUCAGCUCUGAGGACUGUUUAUUUUAUCUCUGCUGAGGUUAUUUUACAGUUUCAGCUUGUGUUUUACGAUUCCCGUCCUCCUCGCUGCACACAGUCAGAAUGUAUACAGUAUCUGGUGCUCGAUUCGCUACAAUCACAAGUCCAGUCUCGUCCGAUUUGAACCGGACAGCUAUGCCAAGAAUGAGCAGAGAAACCUGUGUUUCUUUGAGGGCUGUGCAGUCUCUCUUGUUUCAGUUCCAGGUCUGAACACUGAGGCUUGUGUGUGUCUACUGAAGUGCUUCCAGACGCUGCAGAGCUGCAGAUCACAUGCGAGAUCUGAAACAACCUAACAGGCUGGUAAUCACUGCAAAUCACGAUGGGGGACGUAUAGCGAGCAGAUGACUGUCAGUCUGACGGGAGGGGGAAAAAAAAAGCCAGAAUUGUCCUGCUCCUCUCCAGUAAAAAGAAAGUCCCAACAAGCUUCUCAACAUGUUUUGAUAAUAUUCACAGCUGAAGAAAUUGGAUCCGAUGGAAAGCAAAACGCUGACACAUGUUAUCUUUGGGUGAAAUGGGUCGAUGUAAAUGAUGUGGCUUGAGGUGCUGCUGUUUGGCCAAACUGCAAUGUCAGGCCUUGUGUCAAAACGGAAACAAAAUAAACUUAAACUACACAAAAAUC